AUGGCCAGUAAAUCAGUCUUAGAUCUUUUUGGAAAAGUUAUAAAGGCGCCGCAUAACGGUCAACCAAAGCUGUGCAUGCAACUGGUGAAACAUUUGCAACUCUUGAAUAAUGAAUCGGUAAUACUUGGUCAACUGGUCGAAUAUUUAAAGUAGUUUAACACAUAAAUAAUUUGUUUUUAUGAUGUUUUAGCUUGACGAACAACAGCAAAAAGAAGUGUUUUAUGUAUUAACAAGAUUGGUUCGUGGAUUAGGAUCCCCAAAAACACAAGUCCGAACUGUAUAUUAUUCAGUUUUGGCAGUAAUUGUGAGCCUCUUAAAUGAUAAAUCUUGGUUCAAUCUUGACAACUUCAAAGAUAUUGUAGACAAAGAGUUGACUAAAUAUGACUCUAAAGCCGUAAGUGUAUCUUUAACUAUUAAUAAUUCAGUCAUGUAGUAAAUACAAGUAGAUAGCUUUUAAUUACCUUUAUAAAUGAGAAACCAGAUAAAGUUAUUGAGGUUAACUUAUAAAAAAAAAAAACAUAUCCUUUUCUUUUAAAAUUAAAAAAUUAAAACUUUAUUUUUGUUUCUUCAAUAUUGAAAAUAGAUAAGGUAAGUAUUCAUUUUAACUAUAAAAGAUAAGUAAGUUAUGAUUGUGUAUUUAAUUUUAUAGGAAGAGGGUGAUAUUUUGUCUGGUAAAGUGCUAUGUUAUGGUUCUAUGAUACGCAGUGGAGUAUUUAGUGCUGGGUCAAUAGAUACCCAAAAAGCAAUUGUAGCUGAACUUUUAAACAAUAUGAAAAAAAAGUCAUAUUUACCUUUAUUGACUUACAAGUUUUUAACAGAAGCAAUUGAUUCAGUAAGUAGUUGUUUAUUAAUUUAUGUUAAACAAUUAACAUUGAUUUUUAAUGUUUUUUUUUUUCUAGUCAAGCAAUGUUAUGUUUACAGAAAUAAUUUGGCCUUAUUUAAAAAAAUACAUUGGUGUACCUAUUACAAAACAAACUUUAGACUCUCUUUAUUGCAUAAUACAAGUACAUAGUCAAUAUCCAAAAUUAAUUGAUGGUGCAUUUAUUCCGCGAGUAUUGGAAAUUGCUACUGAACUUUUAUGUCAAGAAUCUAUGAAUGAUAUAGCAAAAAUACUAAUAUUAGUUAGUUAGAUUAAAACAUAAAUUAUAGUCAGGUCACAUAAAUUUUUUAUUUUAUGUUUAGAACAUUUCUUCAAUGGAAGUACUUGAACAUCCAGUAUAUGAAUCUUUUGCUAUUGCUUUGACAUCUGUGGAUAAUAGCAAUGUACUUAUUAAAUCAUUUUGGGCUGUUCUUCAACCCCACUUCACGGGUCCACACAGUCGCUAUCAACAAAUGGCUGUAAUGAAACUGUUUACAUAUAUAGUGAAAACUAGUUCCCCGGAUAGUGUGCAUUUGUUACUUUCAAAUUGGUUUAUAGACAUGUUAUUGAAAUCUUUUUCACGUCCCAAUGCUGACACUCUUGUAUCUUAUGCUCGUUUAAGUAUAUCAGCUGUCAUGGAUAGAAUUAGCACAUUUACAACAGCUGAAAUUGCAUACAGAAUAUUAUUAAAGUUCAUUUUACCUCCAGGAGAUAUGAUGGUAGAAAAAAUAACAGGUAUCAUUUAUUUUAUUUUUGUGUAGAAGUGUAUUUUGACAUAUUAAAAUGUCUUAGGUAUUAAAAUCCUUCAAAACUGUUUAUUAAAAAUGGAUGAAGAGCACAUAAAACUUUUAGCUAAACAAUGUCAAUUAGUCAUACUCAUGAAAAAAAAAGGAAACGAUGAAAAGGGUCAUUUUUGGAAAAUUCAAGAUCGUGGUUAUGCUGCUCAACUUCUUGCAAGGUAUACUUGUUGAUAUAUUCCACUUUAUUUUUAUUUCUUAUGUACAACAUUUAACAUGUGUUUAUUAAAAUAUUUAGAUUGUUAGGCCUUCAAAACAGUAAUGAUAUUAUAUGGAAAAUUGAACAAUUAAAAUUCAUGUUAGAACAUGCGUUUUAUACAAACCAAAGUGACAAAUAUUAUAUAAGCAAUGAGUUAGCAGGUAACUCUUAUUGACAUAUUUAUAAUUACUGUAAAAAGCAUUAUUAAGUUUAGUUUAUUGCAUUUUUUUACAGCUAUUAUAAAAGACUCAUUUUUGAAAGCUCUCAGCCACAAACAACCAAAUUUGGAAACACUUAGAUUAACUCUAUCUACACUGGUCAAUUAUUCAGAUGAACUAUUGAAAGGUGACCGUCAACUUAGGCCCAAAACUUCCAAAGAAGUAUGUGUUAGUAUAGAUAUUCAAAUUAAAUGUUGUAUUUAUUUUUAAAUAUGUAUAGGACAUGAACAACUGGAAAAAAAUGAUUAAAACAACGAAAGAUAUUGAGAAAAAACUAAAGAAGUGUGCUGAUAAGUCCAAAGAGCAGUCAAUCCUCUUUGUUUUUCACAUUUUGUUCUUGCAAAUGGGACUUUAUCUUUUUGUUGAACCAUCAGUGGCUAUUGAAACUUUAGAAGUAAAAUUAAACUUAGCAGUUUAAUAGUUCUAUUUUGAUUUAAAUCAGUUAUUUACAAAUAAAUUAAAAUUUGUUUAGGAAUUGCAAAACUGUUAUGAACAUCAUACAAUUAAUAAGGAUGAUGAAGAAAAAGAUGAACCCAAUUGGGUUGAAGUUGUAGUCGAACUGAUGUUGUCAUUGUUAGCUCGAGAGUCUUAUUUAUUGAGACAACUUAUCUCUCGCGUGUUUUCACAUUUAUGUUCUGAAAUAACACCUCAAGCAUCUCAUCAAAUUUUACAGGUAUAUUGCUAUACUGUUUAAUAUUUGUAUAUAAAUAAAUAUGCAUUAUAUAUUUUAUUAAUUUGCAGAUUUUAAAUCCCGAAUAUGAUUCUGGGUUAAAUUCAAUAGAUGAUGAUAGUGAUGAUAAUUCUGAGAUUGAAAGUGAUGAAGAUGAAGCAGAAAACAGUGAUGCAGAAUCAAAAGUUAAUGCCAGUAAAAUGAAUGGUCAUGGUUUAGACAAUGAAGAUGAUGAAGAAACUGAUGGCUCAGAAACUGAUGAACAAUCUAGUGAUGGUGAUCAAGACAAUACAGAACAAUUAAAGUUAGCUUUGCAUAAAGCUAUGAUGUCUGCUAAUCAACAUUCAGAUGAUGUAAUUAUUAAUUAUGAGUUAGUAAGUAAAACAAAUAAUAAAAUUAAUAUAUUUUCAUAUUAUGUACUUAAGGAAUCUGUUGAUAUUGAUGAUAUGCCUGAAGAAGAAGGAAAAAUGAUAGAUGACUUAUUAUCUGAAGCAUUUAAAAGCUAUAAAAAAAAUUCUAUUAAGAAUCCCAAACAUAUAAAAGAAAAAAUUAAUUUUAGAUUAAGGUAGUAAAGUAUGAUUUUUGGUAUAGAUUUUAUAUGAUUAUAUAGAUAUAAAUAUUAUUUUAAUUUCCAUAGAGUUAUGGAUUUGGUUGACAUAUAUUUGGAUAAUAAUCCAUCAUUUUGUCUCAUUAUGGAUACUAUUCCUACAUUGUUUUCAUUGUUAGAAUAUUGUAUCAAAGAUAAUCAACAACGACCUUUGGAAACUAGAGUUCGAUCUGCAUUGAAAAAAAUUAGUCAGAUAAAAAAAAUCAAUAACACAGACUCUGUUGAUGAUGAAUUAAUUGCAAUGGUCUUAAAAGUUUUAAUGGACAAAGGCGUGCGAAGUAAGUGCACUAUGAUUAAUAAAAUAAAAUAUUGUCUAAUCUUACAUAUUUUCAUGUUAUAUAACAGCUACACCAGUAUUUUUGGAUAUUUGUUCACAUAUAACACAGUGUUGCACAUUCCUUGUAAAAUCUUAUGUCCACAUGAUUUCUGGGAUGUCUUUAAAAAAACAAAAUUCACCUAAAGUGAUCAGUAUUUUGGAGGAUUCGAUUACAGAUUUUUUUACAAAAAGGUAAUUCAUUGGCAGUGUUCAGAUAAUUUAAAUACCUAAUAAUUUGUGAAAUAUCCAUGUAUAGAGAUUGUUUGUUACCCGUAUCGUUGUUUGAGUCUUUGUUGUCUAAAGUAUCAUGGAAACGUAAUAUGCAUUUAAUUGAGAUUAUUUUGCCAUAUGCCUUUAAUGACUCUGUUAGAUGGUUUAGAAGAUCACAGGCUAUCUGCAUGUUGGUCUCAUUUUAUCAAAACACAAGACUCUUGGAACAAUUGAAAGAUGACAAACAACUAGAUAAAAUUGAAAAGAAUUUAUCUGAAUACAUAAUUAAAGUAAAAAUAGUUAAACAGUUGAACAUUAUAUUUUUAAUAUAAAAAAAAUUAUUUUUGUUUAGUUUUUUACUUCUUUGGACGACAGUCAACCAGAUGUAUCUGGACGACAACGGUAUAUAAACGAAUUAUUGAACAUUUUGUAUAUAAUUUGUGUUAAUAAAUUCUCGCGACAUUGUUGCGAUUGGGGUCAGCUUGUGAAAAUCUUAGAAAACUCUACCAGAAGAUUCAAUCAGGCUGGUCGUAAAAAUUGGAAUAAGCUGCGACAGGCCACUCAAAAAAUCAACACCGCAAAGUAAAUCUUUGAUUAAAUCUUGUAUAGUAUGCACCACUCAAUAGACAAAUUUGAAAUGUUCCAAAUAUAUAUUCUCGUAAUAGAUUAUUACACCUAUAUAAAUUUAGCACAAUAAUUUACAUAUCCAUAGGGGUUAUUUGUCAAAAAUAUAUAAUUUUGUUGGGUAAAUAUUCCAAAAUGGCAGUAUCCAAUACAUAUGGAGCAUUUUAUAUUUCUUAUUAGGAUGGUGUAUUAUCUAUAUUAGCUAUAAUUAAUAAUAAUAUAUAACUGAUCUAUUCUAUAUAUCUAUUCAGACUAUAAUUUAUUAAUAUAUAUUAAACAAUUUUACAUUUUAGUAUUCAAAGGAUCAACUUGGACAACAAUAACAGCUCAAAAAGUCCUUUUGGUAAAACGCCUGUUAAAAGAAAAUCAUUAAUUCAUUCUAGCAAAAAAGUUAAAAAAAUUAAAAAUAUUUAA